GACUAGUCCCUGGGCUGCAGGCGCUGCUGCUACACAUACACACAACGGCUGCCGCUCAGUGGGCAGCUCCUACUACUGCGGGGCUGGGCUGGGCGGGCUGCGCCGGAGCUCGCCGGCACUCAGCGGCGCGGAGGGCGGAGGAAAGCCACUCUCCUCGGACCAGCCUCGGGAGCCAAGCCAGAUCUGCCAGUGAGCCUCAGGCUUUGGGAAUUGAAGAGUGUAUCUGAAACCCACCCAGCAUUCCAAUGGCCAGCAACAACACCGCCAGCAUAGCACAAGCCAGGAAACUGGUAGAACAGCUGAAGAUGGAAGCCAACAUCGAUAGGAUAAAGGUGUCCAAGGCAGCUGCAGAUUUGAUGGCCUACUGUGAAGCGCAUGCCAAGGAAGAUCCCCUCCUGACACCUGUUCCGGCUUCAGAAAACCCAUUUAGGGAGAAGAAGUUUUUCUGCGCUAUCCUUUAAGUCUUCAGGAGGAACCUGAGGAGCCUCGGGGCUCCAGGGACACUGAUGUAGAGUUUUUAGCAAAGUGGGCGCCUUUAUAGUCCACAGCAUUUAAAGAGAGGGAGGAGAACCAUCCUGGAGUCUCCAGGCUUAUGCAUGUUUAAAGAACUGGUCCCCUUUAUGAGUAUGAAAGCUGAUCCACACCCCAAGUUAAGAGAUCUGAUAUCUGGAGAACUGCCUAGAGGAGGGGAAUAUGUAAAGAUAAAAUUGAUGUCAUUUCUUUCCUGCUAUCCCUCCCCAAACCUUAUGUUUCUGCUUCAUAUUUAAAAAAAUAAAAAUUAAAACAGACAGCUGUCCUGAGCUCAGAUAUGUAUGACCUUCUUGGAAUGAAUAUUGCCUUUAGAAUACCCUUUGACAAGCUGAGUCGCCCAGUGUAGCCGUGGUUCGGUUCAAUGGCGUUGAUGUUUUGUCUUUGUUUCUUUUCUUUUUCCCUUUUCCCCUACCCUUCCCUCCACCUUUCUCCAUUAGAGUAGUGAAGAGAUAGGCUGGAUUUGUCUGUAAGACUGAACUCAAAGGAUGAGCACCCAAAGGGUUUAGAGAGGUGUUCCCCGUGGUUUAUCCUCAUGGUAAUAACAACAACAAAUGCCGGUUGUCUGUGUUCUUUGAUCACUAUUCCUAACAUUUGUACAUGAUAGCUUUGAUUCUGCAAGUAAAAGUAAAUCAUGUGUUGUGACUGGUGCUUUCAUAUAUUUGUGACAGUUUUUGAGUAAUACUGCAUGAAAAUGUCCCCAUGUUACAUCCAUUCAGAAGUUUUGUUGUUUUACUAUAAAGUUUGGAAAAAGAAUAAAAGAGAAAUAAAGCUAGGGAGGACAAGACUCAGUAUCUUGAAAACUGAGAUGACUUCAGAGCCUUAGCCAUGCCUAAAAUACCUCCUAGUUAACAGAGGCGUCAGUGCUUCUUCAACGUAUUUUCCAGAAUCCAAAGCAUUUUGAUUUGAACCAGGAUCCAGGGCAGCACAGGUAGCAGCAAGCAUCAGAAGCACGGAUUCACCUUGAGUUGGGAAGUGCUGUGGUCACAGAGUCAGAGCAAAUUCCCUUUUUCCCUGAGUCGCCAAAAUUCUGGAGUGAAGAAGGCUUUCUGUGCUCUUCUUAAGAAAAAACAUGGCCCUCAUUUGUUCAAGUAUCAAGAGGAAUAACCCUUGACUCCAAAUCAAAUCCACUCUGAGAAUCCAGCUGUUCACAUGCCAGCGAGGAAGGGAAGGUGCCACCCCAAGCAGCUCCACCAGAAGCAGUUCUGGCUCUUUUUUCCACUGAGAUAGCCUUUGUUUUUCACCUAAAUUCUCCAUAGAGUCUUUUCUUUGUGUUUGUUCUCCGCUUUGUUGGUUAGAGUCUCUCUGCCUUUGUUUGCAACUUCCUUGCAGCUCUAGCUUUCUCUUCCCAAGAGAUGUGUUGAAAGUGAUUUUUUUCUUUGUGGCUCAAGUCCACCAGAAAUGGGAAACUUGGAAGUUUUUCUCAGUUUUUUCAGUGUUGUUUCUAGGCAGAUGAGGGCUGUCUUACAACUCUUUUUUUAAUUUGAAAUUCCAAAAGACGAUUUCUGAAUUAAUUUUAUUCUCUUUUCAUUCUCUUCCUCCCAUUAAAAAAAAAAAAGGAGGGCAAGGAAGGAAGAAAAUAAAAAUCUGCCCAGGGAUGGAUUUUGAAAGAAACUUGAUAAACACUUUGCUUAGCUUCUCGUAUGGGGAUGAGGGUAAAACAAUAAAUAAAUUCAGUUAAAACUCAUAUCUGGGGGGGGGGCAGGGAGACUAUUAAGACAUUGUAAAAUUCAUGAAUGCACUCCUGUAACCAAAUACUUCUGUUCAGACUUUUGGAUUUUGUUACAGUCAGUGGGACUCUGAUGAAGAUUUAGUGGGGGAAAAACCCUGGCAGAGUGUUAAACUAUAGUAUUGUACCAUUGGCUUACUAAUACUGUGGAAUCAACUAAAACCCAACCAUAUUUUUAAAAUAAGCCAAAAUAUGAAUUGAAUAUGUGUUCACAUAAAAACAAGUGUGAAUAAAGCACUCUUUGGUGGUGAUUAAAGCAUCAUUGUAAGACCCUGAUAUUUUUUAUAAUCCACACCAUUUAUUUUUCUCAGAAGGAGUCUCUAUAUUUUCAUGUAAAGCUAGAUCUUUGGAGCAGUUAAAAUGGAAUUAAAACUCAUAGGAAUACAGCUCUGUUAAUUAAAAGUUAAGGAAGUGUCAAACUGCAUGUGACCUUGUUUAUUAAAGAAGAAAGCAGGCAGAAAAUACACAGGUAUUCUGAAAUUAAGUUUAAGAAAAAUGUUUGGCUCAUUCAUAAUUUCAUGUCCUAUAAAAGGGAAUUAUAAUCCCAGAGUUUUUAUAUGAGUUUUAACUUAUUGGUAUUUUUACUUGUUAAUGGGGAAAUAAUCUUUUGAUUACUUAUGCCUCUAAUGAGUUUUAAUUCUUUUAGAAAUUUAACAAUCAUUUUCACCAGCAUAAUUUUAUCUUAAGGGGUGACUAAUAGGAAAGCUUAGCUUAAUUAGUCAAGGCCCUAAUUUAUGUAUAUAUUGGGUAGUAAUGAAAAUCUGCCAUGAAAUUCAUUAAACAGUAAUAAUAACCCUCUACUUAGAAUGCAAACUCUAUUAAGGAAAAAACCAAUCUUGUAUCAUCCUCAGUAUUAAAUCUUUCUUCUUUUUUUCUUUCAAUUUUAAACCAAGUGCUAUUUAAGUCAGAGCUUGUGAAUAAGUACUUUGAACUGAGGCUAACUUUGCUCAUAAUAUUUGAAAGAGAUUGCUUACCAAGGAAAAAUUUAAAACCAUUUCUCUGUAUACUUAUAAUCACAAAAAAAAUUUUGAAAAAUCAAGCAGGCUAUCUUACGGGAUUUUUUGUACUCUUUUUUUUAAUAUUUGCUUCUAGCUGCUCCUGGCAAUGGUGAAUUAUUAUACAUAUACAUUAAUGUUUUCCCAGCCCUUGAACUGUUCACAUUUUUUCCUAUAUAAGAUCUAUGGAGUAUAUCUUUCAAAGAGAGAAAUACAGAAAUGUUAAAGCAGAAAAACCUGAAUGUGAUGUGUACACUUUCACCCCCUCAUAGACAAUGUAUUUGUUUUAAUAAAUGGAAUUUUCAGAUUCA